GUUACAAUUGUCACCUAGCUCAGGUACUUUUGGCUCAUUUCCUUGACAUUUUCUUUGAAUCCCUAUGGUCUCGAAUUGCAGUGAAAUAGCUCUCGACUUGCUGUAUUGUGAAUGAAAAAUUUAUCAAAUAUGUCCUCGUGCAUUUUUUUUAUUAGGCUAUUGUAAUUCAGAGGAUCAUGUAAGUAUUUGACAGAUGAAGCCAUAAGGAAAAUUGAAAAGGUUGGAAACUCGUAUUGGUGCUAAGAUUUGAAAUCAAUGCAAGCAUUUAAAACUUUCAAACACUAACAUGGGUACAAAUAGUUGAAUUAAAGGUUCCAACUUGUCUGAUUGUCUGUCUUAGAUAAAAUUAUGGUUUAUGAUUUCUAUCUCAGGAUCACGAAACACAGAACUUUUCAUAAAGGGGUUAUUGUUUAAUUGUUACUUUAGUUGAGGACUGAACAAAUCUCAACAACUUUCUCUAUCUUGAACGAGCGAUAAUGAUUUUAAGUUACUCUGUUAGAUGUGUACUAUGAAUCUCUGUGAUGACUUUGAAGCUGAUUGCAGGCUUGGUAAUCGUGUGGUUUUUUUCCGCUGAAGUUUAUAAUUGUCACUACCUGCUCGUUUAUCUGUGUGCAAUGUGAAAGCAACAAUGGGUUUAUUGGUGCUGUCAACUUGGUUUUUGAAGACAUUUGAAUCUGAUUGGGAAUCUCUUGCAAUUUAGAAUACCUUUCUUUGUUGUUGGUUUUUUUCCCCUUUAUUUUUUUCUCUCUUUUUUCCAUUGAGUUGUUGCGGGUUUUCUAUGUUUGUUUUCUUCUUUUGAAUUCGUGGCCUUUAAAUUGCUGAUUUAAUAACUUUUUCCUCAUGUUUUGGUUUUGUUCUGGAGAAGUUAGUUUUAGACGGUUUUGGAAGCUAAGCUUUUAUUUGGAAAUUCUGUGUUUUGAAAAUGAAGCAAAUGUGUUCUUUCUAUAAAUUUCCAUCUGCUUGGUGUAUUUUGAGCGUGCUUUUGGUGGGUCUUCGCCUUGGUAUAUUAUAUAUCUCAUUCAACAUAGAAAUGCAAAGCAACGUUUUUUUAACAAUCUUUGUUAUCCCUGCGGCAGCACAUUGAUGCUAGUGAUGCUAUAAGCCAUAUUUGUUUUGGCAUCGCAUAAAAUGUCAAAGUUGGGUGAUCCAAGCAUUAUGUGGAAAAAAUAAUUUGAGUCUCUUAAUUUGGUCUAUAUGUUUCUUUGUUGUCAUUUUCUAUCUUUCUUUGUCGUCUUUUGACAUUGUACACUGCACUCUUUUUAUAGCAUUGCUUUCAAUAAAAAUUGUUUUGUUUCCAGCGCUUAGUUUUUCAGCAUUCUAUUUGAUGAAUUAUUAACUUUAUCCUUGCACCUACUUUUCCUAUCCACAUAUUCGGCCUUCCCAGCAUAUUUGUCAAAUUCGUCAUCAGAGCUCAUGCAAAUGUUACUUUGGUGAGACGGAUGGGUUCAAACAGAAGAUCUCCAACAAUUGGCUAUUGGGAAUUGGGAGAAGCAGUAUUCAGGAGUUACAAGAUAUCAUUUGCAUUCAAAAAAUUAGUUGCCUGACAAAGAGGUCGAUGUUUAAUACUCUGAUGGGUGAACUUAACUUUCGAUCUCUUCUAGUACUGUCAGCAUUUUUCCGCAUCUUUUUGAUUCUUUAUGGGGAAUGGCAAGACACGCAUAUGGAGGUUAGAUAUACUGAUGUUGACUACCUUGUGUUUUCUGAUGCGUCGUCUUUGAUGGCAUCUGGAAAGUCCCCUUAUGAUCGUUUAACCUAUCGCUAUUCACCUCUUAUAGCAUUCGUGCUAAUGCCAAAUUCGAUUAUUCAUCCUUCGUGGGGAAAGUAUCUCUUCUCUGUGUCAGAUUUACUUGUGGGUUUCUUCAUUCAUGUCAUCCUGAAGCUACGAGGGGUUCCUGAGAAACUAUGCACCUAUUCUACAAUUGUGUGGCUUUUCAAUCCAUUCACAUUUACAAUUGGGACACGUGGGAACUGUGAACCUAUUAUCUGUGCCAUGAUUCUGUGGGUCAUUAUCUGUCUCAUGAAUGGCAGGAUAUGUCAAGCUGCUUUUUGGUAUGGGCUUGUUGUCCACCUGAGAAUAUAUCCUAUAAUAUAUGCACUUCCCGUGAUAUUAGUGAUCGAUCCUUGCUAUUUCAGUUCAGGGAAGAAGCCCAAUCUUGCAGUUUGGGUUCCCAGGGAUUUUAUGGGGAUAACCAAGAGUUCAUUCAGCACUAGAAGCGAUGAUCAAAAGUCUAUUCAGUGUAUUUUGCGUGGUUUGUUCACUUGGAGGAGAUUAAUGUUUGGGAUGGUUUCUGCACUUGUGUUCUUCUUGUGUACAGGAUUGUCUUAUUAUUUGUAUGGCUGGCAAUUCUUGCAUGAGGCACUCUUAUAUCAUCUCACUCGGACAGACCCAAGGCAUAAUUUUUCGAUAUACUUUUAUCACCUUUAUCUCCACUACGAAUAUGACUUUUCAGUCCUGGAAAAGCUCAUUUCUUUUCUGCCACAAGUAUUAGUGCAGCUGGUUCUUGUUCUCCGUUUUUCACAUGAUUUGCCCUUCUGCUUCUUCCUGCAAACACUGGCAUUUGUGGCAUUUAACAAGGUCAUGACGGCCCAAUACUUUGUCUGGUUCUUCAGUCUGUUGCCUCUAAUAUUGCCGUGGACUAAAAUGAAGUUGAAAUGGCAAGGCCUAGCUCUGAGCUUAAUAUGGAUUGGUGCUCAAACACAUUGGCUUAUGUGGGGUUACCUGCUUGAGUUUAAAGGAAAGAAUGUCUUCAUUCAGCUGUGGUUGGCUAGUAUAAUGUUCUUGGCUGCCAAUACAUGGGUCUUAAUCAGCAUUGUUCGCUACCAUAGGUACACUCCUGUAUUUAAAAGAUUCGAGCAUUCUACUUCUGAAAAGACUCUGAAACAUGAAUGACGACAAGGUUGAAAACCAAUGGACUUUGUUUUGGAUUGAAACAUUUUAAGUGUGUCCCACUUGCACUAAUUUCUGGGCAUUGACUUAAUGCUUCUGAUUGACAUGGUACUGCAUCACUUUGUAGCCAGUGUAGGCGAGAGCAACAUAGUUAGGAUUGAGUUUACUAGGUUCAGAUCAUCAUGGUGAUAAAUGCUUCUUGUAAACUCUUAUUUCGUUGUCUAGAUGUGUUAUCCAUCCUGCAGCUGAUGAAUUUUUUCCUGCCCCUUUUUGCUUUGUUCCAGAACAUUGAAUUCUUGGUUCACUUGGGAGUUCUAAAACUCGGGUGCAUUCCUAUUGUCGUCACUAAGUUUUAUGGUACCGGGGUACAAGCAAAAUUAAGAUUUGUAUAAUAAUUUGCCUAACUGAGCAUUAUUCCUAAUGUGUUGGGCCCAGAAUGACGUCCAGCUGAUGCAUCAAAUUCGCUGCUGUGAUUCCUUUUUAGAACAUCCUUUUUUUGGUCUCUGAGAACAUAGCUUUUGUGGAUAAAUGGAAAUUUCUUUCCUUGCAUUUCAAUGCAAACUAUAUUUUCGUCGUGGUGGAGCCGUGGAGCUCCAGUAUCCUAGAGCUGAAUUCCACUGUUUCAUGCGUUGAAGAUCUUGAAGCGGAAGAUGUCUGUCUACUCUUGUUCGCUUACGGAGCCUCCAUACUCACUUAUCAGCCACAAUGACCGUCUCUUUUGUGCUGUUUCGGUUCCUCUUUCCACUUCCACUACCCUGUUCUUCUGCUUGUUCUUAGAUUUAUCAGUCUUUCCAACGAUUUGAAAGUUUUCUUAAUUAAACCGUAAUGAAAAUCCUUCUAAAACCUUGACCUUGUUUGAGGGACCUGCGGACUAUGAUACAGAAUAAAAGUCAAUUAUUGUGGAC